AAAAAAGCAUUUUGUUUUGCACUUUUUUGUUGCCGUUCUGUGCUUGGGAUGUAACAAAAGCUAACGUUAAAAUAAAAAAAAUAGAAAACUAGGGUAAAUAUAAAAGCUAUAUUAGUGUUCACUAAAACAAUAUUUUCAGUAUAUGAUUUUCAUUUAAUUUAUGUUACAGCCCACAAUGGCAUAUAAUAAUGUGCCCCAUUUCUGCAAGAUCCAACCAUUGACAGGUGGCGAAGACGACCGGGGUUCUAUCCGAAGAGAGUUCUCCCAAUUCGGCGAAAUCAAAAAGAUAUACAUAGAUCCAGAAGGAAGAUACGGAAAAGUUUAUUUAGAAAAUAAUACGUGUACUAUAGCAGCUGUUAACGCUUUAAGGAACAAUUCGUAUGGUUGGCGAGUUACGCUUGCAGAAGAAAACCGGAGAAAACCAGAGAUCAACGAUACAAGUUCCAAUCCCGCCAUGGAUGACGUUUAUGUUUCUGAAAGUGAAGAGCUUUAUACUGUACACGGAAAAAUGAUACCAACAUUUGAAGCAGACAAUAAUUGUAUAUUUGUAUCUGUGGACGAUGUGAGAAAUGCUGGUUUUGGUCUUCUUACGAGAGCAGAACUAAAUUUUAUAACAAGUAAAAGGAAGGUAGUCCUAGACGACUUUUAUCAGUCUCUGUUAAAUCAUGCUUGCUCAUACUUAAUGAAAAAUAAACAACUGGCGGCAGUUAUUACGGAAGACACUAUUUCCAGCAUUAUAGAACGCUGUAAACAAACUCUGAUAGGAGAUAAUGCUGGGAAUAAUAAUAGAAACGAAGGUUCAUUCCAUCAAUCUUCUGAUAGUUUUCGCUCACCUCGCCCGCCAAACCAAAGACAUUCAAUGGGAGGUGGAGGGCAGUAUGGUAAAAGGGAUAAUUUUAGUGAGAAUAACGACAACGAAGCUUCUGGCAGUACUCGCCCAGCCCAUAGAUAUUCCAUGGAAAGUGGAAAACAAGAUUUUAAAAAUAAGAGAUCUCAGCCUAGAGACACAGAGAGACGAUAUGAUCAGAGAGAUCAGAAGAGAGAUAGCGGAUUUAGGGGCAAGAGAGAUUCCGAUAGAUCGGAAUCUGGGAGAAGGUUUGAGAAUGGGAACAACAGCGAUAGAAGAAGUUUUAACAAUAAUUCAGGUGGUAACAGGUUUAAUCGAUCACAGGCAUCGCGAAAUGAGGAUAAUAGAGCUUCCGAAGCAAAUGUGGAAGAUGAAGAGGAAUGGGGUUCUAGUCCUAAAGAUAGCUCAGAUGACAUCAAAAUUCAAUCAAAUACACAAAUGGCAAAGGAAUCGACUGGUAAUACCGCUCAAAAAAGGAUUGAACAAAUCAAAGAAAAAUCUGUAGAUUCUGAAGACACUAAUGUCAAAGAUAAACCUCUAGAUUCUGAUAAAGACAUUGAUGUUAAAGACAGUAAUGUCAAAGAAAAACCUGUAGAUUCUGAUAAAGACAGUAAUUUUGAAGUAGAGAAAAACAAUGUUGAGCCAGAAAAGAAAUUAAAUGAUUCUGUGAAAUGUUUCUUUGAAUUACCAAAGCCUAUUAAAGCUUUGAAAGAUGGAGAUCAAGUAAAAAUUAUUGACCAAGCUAAUAAUCAACUUAUCGUUAAAACUAAAGAAUGUUUUGCGAAAGGCAAGGAAAUCGUCGAAUAUAUAAAAAAUUUGGAUAAAGACACUUUAUUAUUAAACGAAGUUAAAGAAGGUCAAAUGAUUAUAUGUGCUAAAGAUGGCGCGCCGAAUCUUUGCAGAGCUGUUGUGCUUAAAGUAGAUUCACCGACAAUAGCAACAGUGACAUACUUAGAUUAUCCCGGCGAAGAGAAACUUGCCAUAAAAUCAUUGAGAAACGUGGAUGAUUAUUUGGCGAAAGAACCAAUUUGCUUAUUGUUCACACCUGAAAUAAAGGUUUUGGAGAGUCUUAGCGACGUGAGUUUGAAUUAUAUUCAAACAUUGAUAGAACAAAAAAGUAAAGUAUCUGUGGUACUUUCUGACGACGAUUUUGAUCUGAAAAUGGAAGACGGUUCCUGUUUAUCUACGAAACUUUUGGAGUUGGAGAAACCAAAAUGUGAAAAUAAACAAAUUGAAUCCUCUGCAAAAGAGGUCAAAGCAGCUAUUGUAAAAGAGGACCAACCAACUCCGGCAACAGAGAUCAAAGCUACUACUGUAAAAGAGAACCAACCUACUCCGGCAAAAGAACCAUCAGAGCAGAAAUCUCAGACAGAUGCAAAUGUGAAAGUAAUGUUUGGAGAAAUAGAUUCUGUUAAACCAAAAAUUGGUUCAUCGGGAAAAUACGUCUGUUCCAAUUUUAAAGAGGAUGAACUAACAUUAAUAUCAAUGGAAGAAGAUGUACUGACCGAAUUCUCACAAUUAAAUGAUUGGUUGCAGCAAUUUGAUAACGCUACACCAUAUGAUCCAGAAGCAGGGGAAAUGUGCCUUGUCUUACACAAAACAGAUGAAACAGAAGAGGCAUCAUGGUUCCGAGGUGUUGUUUUGUCUAAUGAUGAAAAUAAUUAUGAGAUUUCAUCUGUAGAUUGUGGAAAUCUAAUUACAGCGACUAGGGCAAAUAUAAGAAGUUUUCCUGCUGCUCUGAAAAACAUUAGAAUGCUGGGAAUUUUCUGUGAAUUAGUAGAUAUUCCUGACAUACCUGGAGCUAAGGACAAAUUAAAAUCGCUAAUUGGUGAAGGAACUCAAUUAGAUGCUACUUUUAAAAGCUAUGACGAAGAGACUACCAUAUAUCAAGUUGUAGUUCCAGAUAUAUAUGCUAAAUUAAAGAAGUAGACUUUAACGACAGCAACUUUUUGACGAGAGGUUAAUUGCAACAUUGGGCUCCAUUAACUGCGCAUGUGUCCAGUUAUGAUAAUGACAGCUUUGCUUUUGGCGGGGAGAGACAAUUUAAAAGCAUUAUAAGAGGUUAUUCCUUGGACAUUUCCAUAGCUUUUUAAAUUCUUUAAAUUAACAAAAGCCUGUAGUUUGUGUAACCUGCGAAAAGAUAUUUACCUAGUAGACAAUCAAAUUACACCUUUACCUUACCCUUAAUUACCCUAAUUUUCAUCGUCCAAAAUAUUUGAUGCUAAACAGUGUCGAGAUGCUCCUUAUAGUUUAUUUCUCUUUUAUUAAUGUUAUUAAUGUUUAUUACUGUUAUGUACUUUUGACAUGUUUACUAUAUAUUAUAAUACUCUCGUAAAUAUCUACUUACCUACCAACAAGAUAUGUAUACAAGAUGAGAAUCUUGUGAUUGAAAAAGUCACUGAAAAAAUAUAAGUGGAGAUUUCUGUUUGCUUUUAUAAUAAAUAAGGUUCAAAUAGGUAUUAUUAAUUACAUUUUAAAUAUAGUAUAUUUUGUGGACUCUAAAAUAAAACCAACCCAACGCAACCAUAACGCCAUGCUAUAACCUCUCCACAACAUAAACAAUAAAUCCUAAUUUUAAUAGAUAUAAAAUAAAACUAUUUUUCUUUAUCAGCUGGCUGUCACGAGACAACGCAUGCGUGUUUAAUGUAGCCGACUGCUACAUUUAACCUAUCGUAACUUUUUGUAAUCUCAAGUCUUGUUUUUAUUAAGUUAUGCCUGGUUGCACCAACAGAUCUUAAGCUCCAGCUUAGCUAAGCUCUACUUAUAGAUAAGGCCUCCUUAGUAUCACUUACGUUGCAAUAUAAUUUUAGAGUCUUAGCUUAUUAUCAGUUAUGUCUAUUAUAUUAUGGUAUUCUUAUUGUAAUAUACAGUGCGUCCAUAAAGUAACGCAUAAAUUCAUUAUUUCGUAAACCGGCGAUAUUAAGGAAAAAUCCCGAAACAGGUCGAUUUUUAUUUUUAAAUUCUGAUUUUUUGGCAUAUAUAUCAUACUGGUGACGUCAUCCAUCUGGGCAUGAUGACGUAACCGAUGUUUUUUUUUAAUGAGAAUAGGGGUCAAGUGAUAGCUCAUUUGAAAGGGUAUUCAAUUCUCUAUUCAAUAAUAUAAACAUUAACAUAUUUUUUAUACAAGGUGUUCAAAAAACAUUUUUUUAAUUAAAAUAAUUGAGCCAAAAAGAAGAAUGUAUGUAAUUUAUUUAAUUCAAAAUACGUUUUACUGUUGUCAGAAAACAGGAAAAAAUGUUUAUUUGACAAAUAAAUGUUGUUUUUCGCUUAUAUUCAAUGUUGAAGCUGCCACCCACCUGUCUCUUGGCAGUUUGAACAUUUUGUUUAAACGAAAAUCAAUGUUUAUUUGUCAAAUAAAAUUUGUUUCUCUUUACUGACAGUAGUAAAAUGCAUCUUGAAUUAAAAUAAAUUACAUAUAUUCUUCUUUUUGUCUCACUUAUUUUAUAUAAACAAAAUGUUUUUUGAACACCCUGUAUAAAUAAUUAUGUUAAUGUUUAUAUUAUUGGAUAGAGAAUUGAAUACCCUUUCAAAUAAGCUAUCACAUGACCCACGUUCCCAUUUAAAAAAAUCAUCGAUUACGUCAUCACGCCCAGAUGGAUGACGUCACUAGUAUGAUAUAUAUGCCAAAAAAUCGUAAUUUAAAAAUAAAAAUCGACCUGUUUCGGAAUUUUUCCUUAAAGUCGCCGGUUUACGAAAUAACGAAUUUAUGCGUUACUUUAGGGACGCACUGUAUAAUUAUAUUAUAUUAAUUCUUAUGAUAUUCUCGAUUUAAGCUUAAGAUCUGUUGGUGCAACCGGGCAUUAAAUUCUUACAUUUAAUUUUAGUUUACAUUAUAUUUUCCAUUCUAGUUUAUUAAAAAAUUAUCGAAAU